AAUUCACUGUUUUCUCGAAUAAAUUUUCAGAUUUUGUAUUUAGAUCUUGUUCCUUUUUUAAAACUCGGAUUAUUUUUUUUUGUUAUAUAUCUGCUAUCUUUUUGCAAUAAUUUCCUAGUUUUAUCAGAACUACUCCACUGAUUGAUAAUAUAACCACAUUCCCUAAGGUUUUAAAACAGCAAAAGAAGGAAAACUAGCUACGAUAUGAAAGUUUCAUCCAUCACUAUUGGUUUGGUUUCAUUGUGCUCCUUGGUUAGAGCCAAGUUUGAAGCAACCCCAGAAGUUGAAGUAGUCGGUAACAAAUUUUAUUUUAGUAAUAAUGGCUCCCAGUUCUUAAUGAGAGGAAUUGCAUACCAACAAAACCCUGCUGAAGAAAAAGAUUCCAAAUAUAAGGAUCCUUUAGUUGACCAAGAAACUUGUAAACGUGAUGUAAAGUACUUGAAGGAACUAAAUACCAACACCAUUAGAGUUUAUGCUCUCGAUCCAACCAAGGAUCAUGACCCAUGUAUGAAGAUUCUUGCAGAUGCUGGUAUUUAUGUCAUUGCCGAUUUGUCUGAGCCAUCCGUUUCUAUCAAUAGAGACACUCCAGAAUGGAAUCUUGACUUAUUCGAAAGAUAUACCAAGGUUGUAGAUAUGCUUGCUCCAUACUCAAACGUGUUGGGUUUUUUCGCUGGUAACGAAGUAACUAAUAAUGACACAAACACUGACGCUUCACCAUUCGUUAAGGCUGCAAUUAGAGAUACCAAGAAGUACAUCGAAGAAAAGAAAUAUAGAAAAAUCCCUGUUGGCUAUUCUUCCAAUGAUGAUGAAUUUAUCAGAGUUCCUAUUGCUGAUUAUUUUUCAUGUGGAAGCUUGGAAGACAGAGCUGAUUUCUUUGGGAUCAAUAUGUACGAAUGGUGUGGAGAUGCAACCUUCAAAAGUUCUGGUUAUGAAGACAGAACUAAUGAAUUUAAGAAUUUGACCAUUCCAAUCUUCUUUUCAGAAUAUGGUUGUAACGAGAAGAGACCCAGAAAGUUUACUGAGGUUCGUGCACUUUAUUCAACUCAAAUGACCGAUAUUUGGUCUGGUGGUAUUGUUUAUAUGUAUUUUGAAGAAGAAAACAAAUACGGUUUGGUUGAAGUUAAAGGUGAUAAAGUUUCUACUUUGAAGGACUAUGAAUAUUACAAAUCCGAAAUUAAUAAUAUUAGUCCAUCUUAUGCCCAAGUCAAAACAGUUUCAGCCGAAGCUACCCAAACCCUUGCUUGUCCUGCCUCUGAUCAAAAGCAUUGGAAAGCAGCAACAGACUUACCACCAACUCCAGACCAAGAUUACUGUAACUGUGUUGCUAAAUCUUUUGACUGUGUUGUUUCUGAUAAAGUUCAACUGAAGAAAUACGGAGAUCUUUACGCUGAAGUCUGUGGAUUAAUUGAUUGUAGUAGCAUUUCAGCCAAUGGUACAAGUGGUGAUUAUGGAGAAUACUCCUUCUGUUCUGAUAAAGACAAAUUAUCCUAUGUUUUGAAUUUAUACUACCACGACCAAAAUGAACAUGCCCAAGCUUGUGACUUUGAUGGAUCUGCUAGCGUUAAUGUCAAUGCAGAAGAAACUAAGAAGUGUUCAGCAAAGAACCCAGUCACUUCCAAGUCCAAAUCUGCAUCUGGUGAUGCAACUUCCACAUCAAACUCUAAGUCUACCAAGCAAAAUGCUGGAAACAUCAGUGCAAAGAAAAUGAGUAUGGCAGAACUCAUUGCAUUGACCACUGUUGUAACUGGGCUCAUUACUGGGUUCUCUAUGGUGCUUUUUGAAUAGUUUUUUCUUCUUCAUUAAAUUGAUUUGUAUGUGUAGUGAAUAUAAAUGAACAAUUAGGGUUCGCUUCUAGUCAAUUUUACCUACAAGACCAUUAUUUUAAGUUAUAAAUAUAAAUCUUAUGAAUUUCU